CCGAAAUCAUGAGCUGGACAAGACUGACAAUCCCAUUCUCUACCGCUCCUGCCUCCUUAGAUUUAAGUCCAAUACUCCAAGGAAUCCGGGGUUUGCCCAUUAUUCAUACAGAGAGCUAUGUGUGCCGAUUGCCCCCGGGGCACCGAUUUCAAAUGAGGAAAUUUCGAGGCGUUUUUCAAUCCCUCGUUCAAGAUCGCGUCAUUGAUGCCAAAACUCAGGUAAUUGAGCCUCUGAGAGCCUCUGUGGAAUUAGCUGGCCUUGCUCACGAUACUCAAUACGUGGAAAGGUUUUACGCCGGCGAGACUUCUCGGGAAGAACAAAGAAGAACAGGCUUCGAGUGGAGCCAUGGUCUGGCUAGCCGAGUUAGAUAUGAAACGGGUGGCACGGUCUUAAGUACGCGAAUAUCCUUGGAACGAGGUCUAUCUUGUAGCACCGGGGGAGGUACUCAUCAUGCGGGUCCAGAUUAUGGCUCUGGAUAUUGCCUCAUCAAUGAUAUAGCCGUUGCCGCCAUGAAUUUGAUACGGAACGAUCCGAACUUCAAAGUACUCAUCAUUGAUUUGGACGUACAUCAGGGCGAUGGAACCGCUCUCAUCUUUGAAAACGAGCCCCGCGUUUUCACUCUGUCAGUUCACGCUGAGAAAAACUUUCCAUUUCGGAAACAAAAAAGCGAUCUUGAUCUUGGACUUGAAGACGGCCUUCAAGACAAUGAGUACCUCCAAGUUUUGCAGGAACACAUUCCUGUUGUAUUGGAUCAAUUUCGACCUGAUUUUGUUCUGUACGAUGCUGGUGUUGACGUGCAUGAAGCUGAUGCGCUUGGUCGCUUAAAGUUGAGCGAUAAUGGAUUGUGGCGAAGGGACAUGUUCAUUUUGAAGGAAUGCAUGAAGCGAGGUGUUCCCACAUCAACGGUGAUCGGCGGAGGCUACGACAAAGACCUUGAAGUUCUCUCGCGUCGCCACUCCAUUAUUCACCGUGCAGCUAUCAAAAUUCACUCACAAAUGCAAUAAAUCCUAUCUACCAAAAUGAA